AUGGGAAAACGUAAUAAUAAACAAUUGAAUAAGAUUUAUUCUAAACCAUUACCAAUUACUUUAACUAGUGAUUAUUAUAAUGGAGUUAAAUUACCAAAUUUGUAUCCUCAUAAUCCAAUUUCUUGGAUAUGGUACAUUUUUAAAUAUAUUCAAAUAAACUCCCUUUAUACAAUCCCUGAACUGAAGAUAUUACCAGUCAACGUACAUUACGAUGAAGGAAUAUUCAAAGUCAUUGACGAAGAAGGUAUGAAGAAACUUUGGCAACAAGGAUUUUUCGGUAAAGGUAUCUUAUCCCGUUCCGAACCUACUUGGAAAGAACGUACGAUUACCAGAUUACAACUUGAUGUAGAUACUAGUUUAGCAGGGGAUCUUGCCAUGGAAGAUGUAACUAAAUUAAGACGUGAAGAAAGGAAAUUGUUUAAGUUACAAAGAGCUAAAGUUCAAGAACUUGAAUUGAAAACUCGUCAAGGGAUAAUUACUCAAGAUGAAGUUCAAGAAUUAGAACAAUUGCGUAAUGAUGUAAGUAAUAUGCGAAAAAAUACUCGACUUGAUGUAUCUAAAGAAAUCGAUUCUCCAGAUAUGAGAGAAGAAGAUGAAGAUAUCAUUGAUGACAAUGGUGAGGUUAUUCAAUUAGAAUUCUUACAAUUGCAAAAUGUGGAGACGUUUUUCUUGAAAUUUGCUUUGAAUGUAAUUGAAAUUUCUACAAUUGAUUCAAUACGCGAUUUAUUCAAGCAAUGCUGUUUACAUUAUGACAAUAAUACAUCAAUUGCUCCUAAUAAUAAAUUUAUUUUGGAUUAUGUUGUAUAUCAUCAUUUCCGUUCUUUAGGUUGGUGUGUUAGAUCUGGGGUUAAAUUUGGUACUGAUUUUUUGUUAUACAAAAGAGGUCCACCAUUUAUUCAUGCAGAAUAUUGUAUAUUAGUGAUACCUAAUGACGAAUCAAUUGAAUAUGAUUGGUUUCAAAUGGCGGCUAAGGCCAGAGUUAUCGGUACUGUCAAGAAAAUCUUUGUGUUGGUUUAUGUUGAUUGUCCUAAGCAAACGGACUUUGAUAGGAUUUUCAAUGGUAAUUAUGAUGAUGGAUUAAUGUUUAAAGAAUUAUUUAGAAGUUAUAGAGUAUCUGAGAUAUUAUAUAGAAGAUGGGCUCCUAGCAGGACUAGGGAUUAG